AGUACUAUGUGUCAAUGAAAUUUAAAAAUCUACCAAAUUUUACUCAUAAAAUUUGACGAAAAUAUAGUAUAUAUUUUUUUCAUGCAUAAAUUUAAGGAUUCCCAUAACUAACAUUUGCCAGAUUAAUAUAUAAUUGCAAAAAGAUAAUUUGUACCUGCAAAAGAUGAUCCAACCUGUAGAAAGUGUCAUACUUAUUUCGGUUUGAGUACUUACAAUUUAUCCUAGCUAAUUCUUAACAGUUGUUUACUGAUUCAUUAAUAUAAUGAUAUAAUUAUAUGCAGUCAAACAAUUGGCUUAACAAAAAAAAAAAAAAAAAAAGAUGUCGACAAGCUGACUAUGUCAAUAAAAGAGAGGCUGAUACGAAACUAGAAAUGUAUAUAAUUAGUUAAUCUAGUAGGAGCAGCCGGCUUAGGACGGCAGUGCCACAAUUGACAAGGACACACAUUUUCCAUCUAAAAUUCUUUAAAGAACAUCUUCAUCGUUGGAUUCGCCAAACAAAAAAUUCGGAAACUCAAGUCUGAGAAGCCAUGGGAUCAUCCGUGAGUUGCUGCGGCCAUGAUAAAGUUGAAGAAGGGUUGACGUUGGGCGGAGGCGAGAACAGCAAUCAAUGGAGAAUUUUCACGUACAAGGAGCUGCAUGCGGCGACCAACGGCUUCAGCGAGGACUACAAGCUGGGCGAAGGAGGGUUCGGGAGUGUUUAUUGGGGCAGGACAUCGGAUGGGCUUCAGAUUGCAGUGAAGAAGUUGAAGUCGAUGAAUUCCAAGGCGGAGAUGGAGUUCGCGGUGGAGGUGGAGGUGCUGGGAAGAGUGAGGCACAAGAAUCUGCUGGGGCUGAGAGGGUACUGCGCGGGCAACGAGCAGCGCCUGAUCGUGUACGACUACAUGCCUAAUCUGAGCUUGCUUUCGCAUUUACACGGGCAGUUCGCGGGCGAGGUUGAGCUUGACUGGAACAAGAGGAUGAAAGUGGCAAUGGGGUCCGCCCAGGGCAUACUGUACCUGCACCACGAGGUGACGCCGCACAUAAUUCACAGAGACAUCAAGGCCAGCAACGUGCUGCUCGACUCCAACUUCGACCCCCUCGUGGCCGACUUCGGCUUCGCCAAGCUCAUACCGGAGGGCGUCAGCCACAUGACCACGCGCGUCAAGGGCACGCUCGGCUACCUGGCGCCCGAGUACGCCAUGUGGGGGAAAGUCUCCGAGAGCUGCGACGUCUACAGCUUCGGCAUCCUCCUGCUAGAGAUCGUCACCGGGAGGAAGCCCAUCGAGAAGCUUCCGGGCGGCAUCAAGCGAACCAUCACCGAGUGGGCCGAGCCCCACAUUACCCGAGGCCGCUACAAGGAUCUCGCCGACCCCAAGCUCCGCGGCAAUUUCGACCACAACCAGCUCAUGCAGGCCGUCCAUGUUGCCGCCUUGUGCGUCCAGACCGAGCCCGACAAGCGCCCCACCAUGAAGGACGUGGUGCUCCUGCUCAAUACCAGAGCGCCUACGCCUGCCAGGAUCAAGAGCGUCAAGUAUUCCGAGGAUUUGCUGGCUCUUGAUGACGAAGAUGAGAGCAGCGUCUACGGUGUUUUCGGGGCGUUGGAGGCGCACAAGAUGGAGGAUCCUUUCCGCCGUUAUGCGUAUGGGGACAGGCGAUGACCCAUUUCACUUCUCAUGUCUCAUUACGUAUGUUCAAACAGAUUGUUUUUGUGUUUUGCUUUCAUUGUUUUUGCUAUGCGUACCCAAAUUUAACCUAAAAUUUGCGUGCAUCUGAAUUUUGAGCACACAAUUUUUA